GCGGGAGUCAAAUAAGUGUCCGGUUGCUGCGAGUCAGGAUGAUGGAAUAAUUAUUGCUCUGACGAUGUGGAUUCAGUGUUCUUGAGCCCUGCCUGGUGAGGGUAGCACUAGCUUGCAGUGCGAAGGGUUUGCAGCAGUACGCCCCAAGCUCCUCCCGGUGCAUCUUCUCGUUGUUUGGUGAAGGAACGAGAAGAGAGGAGCAGAGGUGUCGCACUGCAUUGUUGGUUGAAGCGAUGGAGUCUCUGAGGGCCGCUGCGGUCUCGACCCAACUGAAAUUCCCCUCUGCUUGCGAUGUACAGAGCUCUCGAAGUGCCAGGUCUGCUCGAAAUGUCGUCGUGCGCUUUGAUCGCGCUCUUGGAUCUCUGUCCUUGAACAGGAAGGCGGGACUUCAUGCCAAAAGCUGUGCAGAUCUUCCAAAGACUAAGACCUUCAAGCUCAAGAAUUUGAGCCAGGGGUGCAGAGCUUCCGCGACUGCCGCACCAGCUGCUCCUGUUGAGGAGAUUGAGUUGCCUCCAGUGAAGAAUAUCUCGGGGACCAUCAAGCUUCCGGGAUCUAAGUCGCUUUCCAACCGUGUGCUUCUCCUCGCUGCCCUUGCUGAGGGCACAACAGUUGUCGAUAACCUUCUCGACAGUGAUGAUGUUCGAUACAUGGUUGGCGCGCUCAAUCAGCUGGGACUUAAGUUAACAGAGAACUGGGAGACUAAGCAGAUCAUCGUUGAAGGUUGUGGUGGCCUCUUCCCUGUGGGAAAAGAAGAACAGUUGGUUGAGUUGUUUUUGGGGAAUGCUGGUACUGCCAUGAGACCAUUGACAGCGGCAGUAGCUGUAGCAGGUGGAAAAGCCAAAUAUAUCCUGGAUGGAGUACCACGUAUGAGAGAAAGACCUAUUGGGGAUCUUGUUGAGGGUAUGAAGCAGCUUGGAGCAGACGUCAGCUGCAGCGAGACUCAGUGUCCACCUGUGCAUGUGAACGCAGCUGGUGGACUUCCCGGAGGAACGGUAAGGCUCUCUGGAGCUGUAAGCAGCCAAUAUUUGACGGCAUUACUUAUGGCGGCACCAUUAGCUCGUGAAGACAUCGAGAUUGUGAUGGUCGACGAGCUGGUGUCAAAGCCGUAUGUGGACAUGACUCUGAAACUCAUGGAGCGUUUUGGAGUUAAGGUGGAGCGCUAUGGAGACUGGAAAAGAUUCUCUAUCAAGGGUGGGCAGACCUUCAAGUCACCAGGAACAGCCUACGUUGAAGGGGAUGCUUCCAGCGCUAGUUACUUCCUUGCGGGUGCUGCCAUCACCGGAGGAAAAGUAACAGUCGAAGGGUGUGGAUCUAGCAGCUUACAGGGAGAUGUGAACUUUGCCGAAGUCCUCGGACAAAUGGGAUGCAAGGUGGAUUGGACCGAGUAUAGCGUGAGUGUAACCGGCCCACCUGUAAACAAAGCCACAGGAAAGCGGCUGAAGGCCAUCGACGUGAACAUGAACGCCAUGCCCGAUGUAGCAAUGACACUUGCUGUGGUUGCUCUGUUUGCUGAUGGCACGACUGCUAUCAGAGAUGUUGGCAACUGGAGAGUAAAAGAGACAGAAAGGAUGGUGGCUAUCGUGACAGAACUCGGAAAGAUUGGAGCCAUUGUUGAAGAAGGACAAGAUUACUGCAUCAUUACACCUCCAGAGAAACUUCAAGACGCAGCCAUUGACACUUACGAUGAUCACCGCAUGGCCAUGGCCUUCUCUCUUGCUGCUUGUGGUGACUCGAAAAUUAUCAUCAGAGAUCCUGGCUGCACAAGAAAGACCUUCCCAGAUUACUUCGAGAAGUUCGCACAAUUUUCGUCUGCCUAGAAGUUACAAAUUAGAGCACGCCUAUUAAAAUUUUUAGGUCUAGAAGUUCGCCCAUUAUUUCUUCAAUAAGCUUGAGUUCGUUAGUUUCAACAGCCAGCUGUGAUUGGUUGGCUCGGACUCUGAAGCCGAAAAUUCCACCAAAGAUCUUAGAGAAGGUCAAAGAGAAGAUCAAGUAUUCAUCUAUAGGUUUUGAUCGCCGCGGUUAAGUUCUGGGGACCCCUGAGAUUGGAUAUAGUCAUUGCAGCCAAGCGACUUCUGUACAGAAGUAGUGUAGGAAGUUGAAGAAGACUUCGGAGUCAGAAUCUUCCAAGACUCCAUGGGAAGUGUUUAACUAACUACGUCGAGAAUGUCCACAUCAAUGCAAGAAUUGACUGCCUCC